AUAACAAAUGCUCACAGAGAAUGUCUGAAUUCUUUCUGAAUCAAACAAUAUCUCUCUUCCCCCGCCAAAAAAACAAAGAAGAAGAUUCCUUUCAUUUCCCACAUCUCUUGCCUUUUACAUAUUCCUUGCCCGUGUAGGGCAUGUAUUGAUAGAUUCCAUUUACAUAUUCUACAUCCAUAAACAACUUCAAAACAAAAGCAUAUCUUUGUUUCUCUGAUUUUACAGCUCCAUGCCUCCAUGUCUCGAGAGUCACAGACACCUCGAGUCACACAGAUACAGGUACGAGUGGACUGUAAUGGGUGCGUGCAGAAGAUCAGGAAAGCAUUAAAUGGCAUUCAUGGUAUACAUGAUCUUCGUGUGGACUUCCGUCGACAAAAGCUAACAAUUAUUGGGUGGGCAGAUCCUGAAACAGUUAUCAGAGCAAUUAAGAAGACAAAGAAGAAUGCCACCAUUUGCUCUAAUAUUGAACUAACUACUCCAUCUAAACCCACAGAAACAGAAGCAAAAGGAAAUAUACCAGCCCCUGAUGCAACACAACCACCGCCAGCACAAGCUCCACCAUCUCCAGCAACGCCCCUAUCGAAACCACCAACUGAAGCAACAGCACCCACACCUACACAGCACAGUGCAACCCGACAGUGGCAGCACUACCCAGGAACAAAAGAUUUAGAACAGGUUCAUAUGACACACCAUCAUCUGCCUAACUACGUUAACAGAUUCAGUUCUGGCCACAACCAUGUUGAGCACUGGGACAGAUACCAUCUUAGCCCGGUAUUUCUACAGGGGCCAUCCCAAUCCAUGUAUGUGACACACAGCUAUAAUACACACAUGCCAGCACCUUAUGUCACUGAGUACGAAUACGUCAGAUCACCGUCGCGGCACACACAUUACAAUUGUACAGAACACUACGGUAUAGACAACCAAAACGGUAAUGUAAACAUCGCUUCCAUGUUCAGCGAUGACAAUCCAAAUGCAUGUAACAUAGUCUAG